UACCUAUAAGUACCCUAAAUAUUUUUUACACAUUAUGGCAUUUCUGUCUUAAAUAUAUACUUAAUUUUUAUUGGUUUGCAUCGUUGAUCUGUCGUGUCGUCUGCAUGUAUUUAUCUUUACUAUUAAGAAAGUUUGUCAAACAAUGAUGUUUAUGAUAUUUAUAUAAGUGUAAUUGAGUAAUCGAUGCCACGUUUACUUGCAUUGUUUUAAACUGCUACUAAAAACGAAAUUUUUUCAUUGGGAUGUGCGCCUGUAUUUAGAGUAUUUUUUCAGGCAGGUAUACCGGUAUACGUGUGCAGUAGAAGAUGACAGCAGGACAUUUAAAUUUCGUUAUCGAAAGAUAACAGUAACGUUAACUGUUGAAACCUCAAAAAGUAACAAUUUGCACAAACAUUUGUUAAGUUUUCAAAAACGAUGGAAGAAAGUUCAAAUGAUGCUGACACAAAAAUCGUAGAAGUUCACGAUUAUUCUGCUGAACUUGCAGACUAUCCACAUAUUAUUGAGUACAUUAAAAAACUUGAGGAAAAAUCGAAAUGUCAACACGAUAUCAUCCAAGAUCUAAAAAAAAAGUUGGAUAAUCAUGAAAAAGAGGACAGAUCUUUCAAGAGUAACUUUGUAGAUACUGGAACUCAAACUAAUAUGCCGGAUUGUAGUAUAAAACCAGUGUCGCAAGAAUGGGUCAUAGGUGACGAAAAAGAAGCUAAAAGCAUAUUAGAGCAAGUAACUCAAGUUGCGGAAUCAGCUGUGCUGCAAACAGGUUUUGUUUAUGAUCAUACUACUGGGUUAUAUUACCACCGUGAUACCGGAUAUUACUAUGAUCCGAAUUCCAAAUUAUACUAUAAUGGGAAUACAAGAACGUAUUACUAUUACGAUGAAGAAAGUAAAUCUUAUAAGUUUUAUAGCCAAUUACCUGAAAACUCAAGUGAUCUAGUCAACAAAGUAAGGAAGAAAAAAAAAAUCAAGAAGGCCAAAAAAAAGAUUGAGGUAAUUGCUUUUUUAAGUUAUGCAUUCGUUUAUUUAAAUUUAUGUAAAUCUUUGCAGAAAAUAACGAAAAAAACAAAGUUGUCAUCAGAAGAAAACAGUGGAUCAGAGUCUGAAAAACACAAAUGUUCUGAUGAUGACUCGGAAGAAGAAGGGCAGCUGCCUACCAGUUCUAGUGAAGAUGAAUCCUAUGAAGAUAGUUAUUCCUCAUCCAACAGCGAUUGCGAAACUAAAAAAGAUGAAGAUCUAGCAAAAACUUAUCCGCCAUGUAUGAGGGUGAUUGUGAAAGAAACAAAUUUAACGAAUUUAAAAGUAGGAUACUUAUUCAUUGUUACUUACAUGGGUGGUUCCAUAGGGAGAGAAGGCGAUCAUUCGAUAAUUAUACCGGACAUAAAUGUGAGCAAGCAUCACGCUAAACUACAGUACAACGAUUCAAAAAAGGUAUAUGAAAUUAUUGAUCUUGGUUCGAGAAACGGAACCUUACUCAAUGGCAAAAGACUUUCGGUUGCAAAAAACGAAUCCGAGCCAAGUGAAAUAGUUCAUGGCUCCAUAAUACAAUUGGACCAAACUAAGCUUCUAUGCCACAUACACAAUGGCAAUGAUACAUGUGGCCAUUGCGAGCCAGGUCUUUUGCAACUGGAAUCCGUGGUGGAGCAAAACAGUGUAUCUCUGAAAACACAGUACAAAAAGGAAUUAAAACGCUUGAAAUCUAAAUUCGGCAUAGAAGGAGAUAAUAUAAAAAAAGCAAGUACUUUGGCUGUUGGAUACCAAGACAGAGCACUAUCAAGGCGAGAAACUGUUGGUUCAUACAAUGAUGACAGCAAGAUUCAACAGAGUUCUCUGUAUGAGCUGAUAUCAAAAGACAACAUGGGCUUCAAAAUGUUGUUGAAAAUGGGCUGGAAGGAAGGAAAAUCUCUGGGGAAAAAUGGCGUCGGCAUAACAGAACCGGUGCCUCUGCAUUCGAAUGUCGAUGGAGCCGAACUGAGUGCGAGUAAUCAGAUUAAUAGAAUCAACGUCGACUCCAACACUAAGAAAAGACGAGCCAUCCAGAAAAAGACUCAGCAACGCUUCAAAGAAUCCUGUUUAUAAAACGAAUCGAUUUUGCAAUGUAUAUUAUUUUAUUCUGAUUUUAAAUUGAAAAGUUUACCCGAAAAUCAAUUAAUUAUUGUUAUUGUUGGAAAAAAAAGAAAAAAGGAAUGUCCGGAUGUUCGAAUAUUGUAACGAUGGCGAUAUUUUUACAAUCCCAACCAAUCAUGUUUUAAAGUUAAGAGUAA